AUGAAGGCUGGCGAGAGGGAGGAGCCUGAUGCUCACUUCUCAGUAGUAAAGCAGCAUGUUGCCCUCUGGCCUCGAGAGCCUCCUCCCAAGGUGGGCCCAUCUCUGGCUCCAAGGAGCUGCCCCACGCUCCGUGGGGCAAUGAUCUGCCUGAUGCUGGUCCUGGUUGCCUCCAUGGUGUUGCAGGCCCUUCUCUAUUCCUGGCUUCAGGGGAAAAUCUCAGAUGUUAAGACCAAUGUUCAGUUACUGAAUAGUCUGGUGGACAAUAUAAGCACCUUCCUUUCUGAACUUAAGAGAAAUAGAGCUGGUGUGGAGGCAACUGACUUUCAGGUUUGGACUGUGAAUGCCAGCAUGAAUCAAGCGCUUUCCAAGAUCUUGAAGAUGGAGACCAGUGUGAGUCAAACCAAUGCACAAAUCCAGCUGUUAACAGACAGUUGGGAGGAAAUCAAUACUUUAAACUCCCAAAUUCCAGAGUUAAGAAGAAAACUGGAGGAUGCCAGUGCUUUGAAUGCAAAGAUUCAUGGACUCCAGAGAAAUCUGGAGAAUAUGAGCAAGAUGUUCAAACAGCAAACUUAAAUGGGAUCAAAUGAUACUCUACAGAUGGUUUCUCAAGGCUGGAAGUACUUCCAAGGGGAACUUCUAUUAUUUUCAAAAAUCUCCAAGACCUGGCACAGUGCCCAGCAGUUCUGUCUGUCCAGGGAUUCACAACUGACUUCAGUGACCUCAGAUAGUGAACAGUUUCUGUACAAGAUUGCAGACGAGAUUUCUUACUGCAUUGGCAUGAGAAAAGUGGGGAAUCUAGGUGGAUCACACACCAUUCAACAAGGAACAGAGUUCCAGGUGAGCCCUCAAAGGAAACCCAACAAUAUGGGGCAUGAUGAACACUGUGUCCAUUUAAGACUGUUUGCAUUGCAGUCAUGGAAUGAUGUCUCCUGUGACCUCACAUACCAGUUUAUCUGCAAACGGCCCUACACCCUGUCAGAUGCAUAG